CACCGUCUUCCCUCUUUCUUCCUGCCUUCCGAAGUUCCGAUCCCCGCACCGAGCACCGCAAACCCUCGUCGCAAGAAAGAAAUUCCACAAGCGAAAUCCAAAACCCCGCGCCCGUCCCCGGCCAUGGUGGUGUACACGCAGGAGCACGUCUACCGGCACCCCUGGGACCGCGUGACGGCGGCGGCGUGGCGCAAGUUCACGGACCCGGCCUCCCGCACCUCGCUCUCCCACGUCGCCGACCUGCACACCCUGCAGCGCCGCGUCGACACGGACACCGGCCGCCUCCACGCCGCGCGCUCCAUCACCGUCCGCUCCCCGCCGCUGCCCUUCAUCCUGCGCCGCCUCCUCCCGGCCGCCGCCGCCUCCCCCUCGGGCGCCGCCAUCUGCCACUGCGUCGAGACCUCCCUCGUCGACGCCCCGCGCCGCGCCAUGGACGUCGUCGUCCGCAACGUCAGCCUCCGCGGCAUCAUCGAGGUCGAGGAGCGCUCCACCUUCCGCCCCCACCCGGACCGCCCCGACGACUGGACGCAGUUCAGGCAGGAGACCACCAUCCGCUGCCGCCCGCUCGCCAAGCUCGCUGCCGUCGCGGAGAAGGUCGAGACCCGCUGCGCCGAGCGGUUCCUGCAGAACAGCGCCAAGGGGAGGGAGGUCGUCGAGCGGAUCUGCCGAUACCUCGAGGCCGAGGCCGCUGGCGCCGCGCCAUCCGCCGUCUGACCUCCUCUGGUUUGCGCCCCCCCUCUGUCCUACCCGUUCUGGAUCUGGUCGAAUCGAAUCGAAUCGAAUCAAGGGUUCGCUCGAUCUGCGCUGCCGCGCGUGCAGGCCCAGACCUCGCAUCGUCGCCCUUUUUGUUUUGUUUUUGUUUUGCUUUCACUUUCUUCUGUAUACGAGCUGAAGCCUCAAUGGAAUAAAGCUUGUGGGCAUAGACUUAUUAA